ACUCACUGGAACCAUUCGGCUUCGGUUGACAAAUCAAAUUCGUGGACAGAGUGUGCGGUCGCAAGGGUGGCCAUGGGAAACCAGGUGCCGGUGCUCCAUUGUCGCACCCCGGAGUGCACCAACCGUGGCCGCUGUGAUGUGGCCGACUGCGUCCUCGAGCUACGAACGAGAGAGCAAGAGGAGAAAUGGAACAAAGAGUUUCAAUUGCUCCAAGCCGUCAAGAACCAGAAGUUGGAGGUUGUUAAAAACCUCAUCUCAAUGAAAGCUGAUGUGAAUGCGCGGCAGCCUUCACUGGUUACUUUAGAAAGGUACCACUCUGGAAAAGCCAUUCGCAGCGGACAGACCCCCCUGAUGUGUGCUGCCAGCUCGGGCAAUGCGGCGAUCAUUCGAAUGCUCCUCAGUGCCAGGGCGCACUUGAACGAUACCAACGAGCGCGGCGAAACCGCGCUGCAUCUGGCGGCGUCCUCGGGUGACAUCAACAGCGUGGAGGAGCUCAUCAAAGCCCAGGCCAACCCCAAUUCUUUGACCUACGAAGGAGACACAGUGCUGGACUAUUUGCCACGAGAGAUCUUGGAGGACGCAGUCUUACUCAAGGAAUUCCAGGCCUUGUUGCCGGUCACUCCAGAGGACGACGAUGCUGUGCCCAGUGAGUCAAACUCACGUCGCAAAAGAAGGAUCCCCUCCUAGAUGCGUGGUUGAUGACUUCUCUGCAGCAUGGGAUGCGAUGCCGACAGCGGCCUGGGUGUGAUACUCUUGAACCGCAAUGCAUUCUGCAAGCUUUGAACACAUGGAGGUUGUUCAAUAAGGUCUUCCAACCAACAGGAGGG